UGCCUUCCUCUGGCGUGUCUCCACGCAGCCCGCCUCUUUCCUUUUCGGAACUCUGCAUGUCGCCUACAACCACGUCUGGCCGCAGGUCGCGCCCGCCGUGAAGCGCAGCUUCCAGGCCGCCCAAGCCGUCUUCUUCGAGCUCGACCUCACCGACCCGGCCACUCUGGCCGAACUCUCCGCUUGCCAACUGUUGCCGGGCAACGAGAGUUUGGCGGAUCGUCUGCCCAGCGAACUGAUCGGUCGCGUGGAUCGGCAUCUGGCCGGCGUGGCAGCUCGUCUGGCCGAAUGGACUCGACCGGAACGUCGUCAACUGGCCGAAUACCUGCUCGAUAGCGCCACGUCGGCUUGGCGUAGGAAGCGGCCGAUUUGGCUGCUGCUUCUCGUCAAAAGUGUGACCCGUGGCCAACUGGCCGAUCGAGCGGUACCGGUGCUCGAUCUCUACCUGGCGCAACAGGCGCGUCGUCUGGGCAAAGUCACUGGGCCGGUGGAGCUGGUGAAGGACCAAUGCGAGCCGUUGAACCGAAUCGACGAUGGUCAGGUGAGCCCAUCGUUUCUGUCAGACGGAACUCGGUUUCGAGUUGAAGCGGAAUGA